UAAAGGCUUCAUGGUUCAGACCGGAGACCCGACAGGAACUGGCAAAGGCGGGACGAGCAUAUGGGGGCGCAAAUUUGAAGAUGAAUUCAGCGAGCACCUAAAGCACAACGUAAGAGGGGUGGUCUCCAUGGCAAACAGUGGCCCCAACUCCAACGGCUCCCAGUUUUUCUUCACGUAUGCCAAACAGCCCCACCUGGACAUGAAGUACACCAUCUUUGGAAAGUACGGGACUCACUAUAGUAAUCAGAUUAAUCUAAGUUUGCAUAUAAACACAUGGAGAUGAACUGAAUACUGCAUGAUGCCUUAUUAAGUAAAGUUUUAUGUGUUUUUUACACAUUUUUCAGUGGUCCCAGGCCGUGUGCUGGUACUGAUCCACAGGGGAACAAAUUAAACCACAUAUUUCCUGUUUUAGUAAUAA